AUGGCUCUCAAUAGAUAUUAUAAUACAAAUGAUAAUCCUGAUUUAACAGAAGAAAGAGGUAAAUGCACAUUCAAUACAGAUGAGUUGUCCUAUGUUGUUUGGGAAUCAAAGAAGGAAGCCUUACGUCGACGUGAAAUUUCUGCGAAAGUUGACAUGUUUCCCGAAUUGCAUGAUAAAUGUCCCACAAGCUUUUUGACUCGUGAACAGAAAAUGGAAGAAGCUGCCAGAAAGGUAACUCGUAUGUUCAGCCUCAUGGAUAAGUUGGGAAUAGAUAGAACUAACGGAUUGGAAGUAUUCCAUUUGACCAAUGAAGUUAUUGGAAUUGAAGGACAUCCUUUUGCUUUGCAUUUCGUUAUGUUUCUUCCAGCUAUUCAAGCUCAGGCUGAUGAUGAACAGCUUGACUGGUGGCUAUCGAGAGCCAUGAGAUUGGAAAUUAUUGGAACUUAUGCACAGACUGAGCUUGGACAUGGAACAAAUCUUAAAAAAUUGGAAACAACUGCCGUAUAUGACAAAAAAACAAAAGAAUUCGUUUUAAACACACCUCAUACGACUUCUAUCAAAUGGUGGCCAGGAAAUUUGGGAAAAGUAACGAAUCACGCGAUUGUCACGGCCAUUCUUUUAAUUGAUGGCAAAAAUUAUGGACCUCACAAUUUCUUCGUUCAAUUGAGAAGUGAAGAAACACAUUUACCUAUGAAAGGAAUAACCGUUGGAGAUAUUGGACCAAAGAUGGAAUACAAUGCUACCGACAAUGGAUUCCUACGUUUGGACAACGUUCGAAUUCCUCGUCGACAUAUGUUGAUGAGACAUUCGAAAGUUUUGGAAGACGGCACGUACAUUGCCCCUCAACAUACUAAAGCUGCCUACUCCGCCAUGAUUCACGUGAGAAGUCACAUGAUUGUGCAUCAAGCAAUUUUCUUAGCUUACUCGUUAACAACAGCUAUUCGCUAUUCGUGUGUUCGUCGUCAGGGAAAUAUUGAACCUCAAGACAAGAAAGAAGUUCGAAUUCUGGAUUACCAAACUCAGCAACACCGCCUUUUGCCUCAAGUUGCUCGUACAUUUGCGAUUCUUUUUUCCGGGCAGCAAGCACGGAAGCUGUAUAUCCGGGUAGCAGAGAACAUGAAAGCACACGGAACUGCUGCUGAUUUAGCAGAUCUUCAUGCUAUCACUUCUGGAUUGAAGGCUGUAGUAACCUUUAUGACUGGGCAAGGAAUCGAACAAGCUCGAAUGGCUUGUGGUGGUCAUGGCUACUCCAUGGCAAGUUAUAUAUCAGCGAUAUACGGAGUUGCUAUCGGUGGAUGUACGUAUGAAGGCGAGAACAUGGUUAUGUUGCUUCAACUCGCCAGAUAUCUCAUGAAGGCAGCAGAAUCAGCUAGGAAACAAGAAAAACUACCAAACUUGGUUAGUUACCUGGCUGUUCCUUCACAGAAAUUCUCAUUGAUUGACAGAAAAGCUUCUAACGAUUACAAGGAGUACUUGAAUGCAUUUGAUCACGUGGCUCGCAGACAAAUUUUCAAAUCAUACGAUCGUCUUCAGAAAAUUAUUGCCACAGGAGUUUCAAGAGAAGUGGCAUGGAACGAAAACUCUGUGGAACUUCAACGGGCAGCCAGAUCGCACACUAGAGCUUUCAUGGCUCAUGCUUUCCAUAAUUCCAUUGAGAAUGUAACAAACUUUGAAGUUCGCAAAGUAUUAGAGCAACUGUUCCAACUUCAUUUGAAUUAUGAAUUGAUUGAUAUGGGGUCAUACCUAGUUGAGGAUGGCUACAUGAAUAGUGGACAAUUAGAUCAUAUGAAAGAGAAUUUAUAUAAGCUUUUGGCAGCUAUUCGUCCUAAUGCUGUGUCUAUAAUGGAUUCUUGGGACUUCACAGAUCGCGAGCUCCGAUCCGUCCUCGGUAGACAAGACGGGCAUGUAUAUGAGAACUUACUUAAAUGGGCUCAACAAAGUGAUUUGAAUAAGACGGAGGUUUUGCCAGUUGUCACGAAAUAUUUGAAGCCAAUAAUGGAAAAAGCGAAGCUUCUGAGCAAACUGUGA